CAGGAUGGCUGUUCUACUCUUCCUUCUAGCAGCGCUCUCAGUAUGUGUCGAAGCGACUGAUAUAAACAUAAUCAAUACGCCAGAACUGAAGGCAAAACUGGAAGACAAUCUGAACGGAGGUCUCAACAUCGUCUUACAACGCAAUAACUUACAAGAAGUGAUAACAGUGAUUGGACGCCGCACUGGUCCAGCGAGGGAUGUGGUGCAAAAUGGUGACGUUGUGAUCCAAUUCUCAAAUGAUACAACCCUGAGGAUGAGUGUGGAGAAAAUCGAGGGGAAUAGAAAGGGAUAUGUGCUCUCGUUAGCAUGGGAGGCGCCGAAGAACACACGGCUAGAAGACUGCAUCAACCUUGGCUCGAAACACUGGUACGGUGGUCCGCAACAGAAGCGUCAGUACUGGCCUAUUGAGAGAUUAAUUCUCCCAAACUAUUCUUACAUAACAAAAGAAGCAGAUAAUUGCGGAGUGGCCGAACCUUACUGGCUCGGCUCUGAUGGUAUUUUCUACCAUUUCGACAGGAAGGUACCACUGUUCGUCGACCAAAAUGACUUGGAGAAGAAUGCCGCCUGCUUUUUCGCACAAAUAAAACCCCCUUAUUCGACUAAGAGAGAGCGAAAUGAACUGACAUAUGCUAUAGGUAUAUUUGAAAAUGUUAGAAAAGCUCAUGAGUAUGCUGUUGAGAAAUACCUGAAGAAACCAUCAGGGGUGCCUGAUGAGAGGAUGAUCAAGUACCCCAUUUGGUCUACUUGGGCGAGGUACAAGAGGAAUAUUAACCACGAUGUUGUGUUGAAGUUUGCUGAUGAAAUCAAGAGCAAUGGCUUCCCCAAUAGUCAACUCGAGAUAGAUGACCUUUGGGAGAUCUGUUACGGCUCUCAGACGGUAGAUCUGCAACGGUUCCCCAAUAUGAAGAAUACGGUGGAUUUACUGAAAGAGAAAGGAUUUAGAGUGACUAUAUGGACGCAUCCAUUUGUAAAUAAACACUGUGAUCCUUGGUAUACAGAAGCUAAGGAGAAAGGGUACCUAAUAAUGUCUGAAUACGGAUCAGUUGAGACAAGCUGGUGGAAUGACAACGAUACUACCACGGCAUAUAUAGAUUUCACAAAGCCAGACGCUCGCAAGUGGUACACUGAUAGACUGGACCUGCUGAGGAGUUCGUACGGUAUCGACAGCUUCAAAUUUGACGCCGGUGAAUCCAGUUGGACUCCACAGAUUCCAGUACUACAAGGCGAUAAGAGAGAUCAGCCAGGCAUCAUAACGGCCGAGUACAUUAGGGCUGUCUCGAAGUACGGGCCUAUGGUAGAAGUCAGAUCAGGUCAUGGAACCCAAGACCUCCCGAUCUUCGUCCGGAUGACUGACAAAGAUACCUACUGGACCUUCGAGAACGGUCUACCAACGCUGAUCACGACGUUACUGCAGAUGAACAUAAACGGCUAUCCCUUCGUGUUACCAGACAUGAUAGGGGGGAACGGGUACGAUGAACCUCCCACUAAGGAGUUGUUCAUCCGUUGGCUCCAAGCAAACACGUUCAUGUUGAGUAUGCAGUUCUCAUACGUGCCGUGGGAUUUUGACAACGAAACUAUUGAGAUAAGCAAGAAGUUCAUACAACUGCAUGAGCAGUAUGCGGAUGAGAUAAUGCGUGCUUGCGAGAAGGCAGUGAGUUCUGGCGCGCCAGUCAACGCGCCGCUCUGGUGGAUAGCGCCCGAUGACGUCACCGCACAUGACAUAUGGGAUGAAUUCAUGGUGGGGGAGCGUAUCUUGGUGGCUCCUGUGCUGGAGCGCGGGGCUCGCACGCGGGACGUGUACCUGCCGGCGGGCGCGUGGCGGCCGCAGGGCUCCGCCGCCGCCAUCCACGGGCCGCAGUGGCUGCGCGACCUGCCCGCGCCCCUGCACACGCUGCCCUACUUCGUGCGCGACGAGGCUCCAUAGUAACCAGACAUUGAGGGUGACGCUGCUGGGAGUCACAACGCGAGCUUCAAAGCAUUCGUGGCCCGGGUCCCCACCAACAUGCUGUCUACCUUCAUGAAGGACGACUACUGG